AUGAAAUUUGAUCAUAUUAUAGGAUUAAAAAAUAUUGAGAAUACUUGUUAUAUGAAUAGUUCAUUGCAAUGUUUAUUUAAUUGCUUAGAAUUAUCUAAAUUAUUAGUUAAUAGUAAAUUUAAUAAUAAUAAGUAUAAAAAUUUUGUUAAAGUUUAUAGAACUAAUUUGAUUAGAUUAAAUUUGGGUGGAGCUGUUAAUGUUAAGGGUAUCAAGGUUGAAUUUGAAAAAUUAUAUAAUUUAUUUAUAGGAUCUGAAUACCAAGAUGCUCAAGAAUUUAUUAGUUUAUUGCUUGAUAGUAUUCAUGAAGCUACUUGUGUUAAAAAUGAUGAAAUUAAUAUUCUUAGCAAAUCAAUUGUUAGCAAACUUUUUUAUGGAAAUAUUAAAAAAACUAUCAUUUGUAGUAAAUGUAAGAUUGAAAAGUCUUCUUUGGAUACUUUUAUGACUUUAUCUUUGCCAAUACCUGAAAAUACUAUAAAAAUUUUAAAAGCUUUCAAUUCAUUUGAAUAUCUUUCUAUUAAGGAGGGUACUAGAUUUGUUGAUAUUAAGAAAUACUUAAAUACGACUGAUGAUUUACUUAUUUGUGAGUACUUAAAUAACUACAUGAUUAAUAUUUAUAAGGCUAAUGUUUUUGAGGGUGGUUGUUCAAUUUUUAAAAAGAAAAAUAGUACAAUUGUAGCUUAUAAGUAUUCGCCCAAUAAAAAACAUUUACUGUUGAAAAUAUUUUACAAGAAAUACUAUUUGAUUUACACAAAAUCACAAUUUGAUGUUCUUAUUAACAUUGAUGAUAUUGAUCAUGAUCCUUAUAAAUUGUUACAUGAAAAUAGAGUUAUUAUUCUUAGUAGAGUUUAUAAAGAAUUAAAGAAUAUUUUGAUAAAUAUUACUUUAGCUGAAUUUUUAGAACUUUCCAAAUUGGAAGGUUCUAUUUCUGUUACUGAUCGUGACAUAUUAACGAUUAAUUUAAAAAUUAGUUCUUAUAUAUUUAAGAAUAUUCGCAAUGAAAACAAUCUUCAUUUAAAUGACUGUUUAAAUAACUUCUUAGCUACUGAAUCAAUUGAAUACACUUGUGAAAAUAGUUGUAAGUCAUUAGCAAAUGUUUCUUAUGAAUUAAUGAAGUUACCUAAAUAUUUAAUAAUAUUCUUUAAGAGAUUUGAUCAAUUUGGUCAUAAAAUAAGCACUCCUAUUGGGUUUGAUAAACAUGCAUGUAUUAAUAAUAUUGAUUACGAUCUCAUUGGUGUUAUCAGUCAUUUUGAAAUAGGUCUUUGGGGUGGUCAUUAUAUUGCUUAUAUAAAAAAGAAGGAGUGGUAUUGUUGUAAUGAUUUAGUUAUUAGCAAAGGUAAGAUUGAUAAAAACAAUGCAUAUGUCUUAUUUUAUGAAAGAAGAGAAUAA